AUGGUCAGUACUCGGCGCCAGUCGCGGGCUCUGCCCCCAACUCGACGCGUCAAGCCACGUUCUUGCUGUUCAGACGAGGCCUCGUCCGAGUCUGACUUGACGGAUUUGAGUGCAGAGUCCACGUCGGAGUCAGAGAGUGGGGAAGAGUCAGACGCAUACGAGCGACGGCCUGCCAAGCGAGCGCGCAAGUCUGCUCCGCGCAAAGCAGUCAGCGCCAAGGUUACGAAAGGGAAUGGGCGUCCGCGCGCCCGCGGCAAAGCGGGCAAGCUUUCCAAACUGGUGGACAUGCCGCUGGACAUAUUAUUCGAAACGUUCACGCUGCUUGACCCUCAAGAUCUUGUGCCCCUCUCCCGAACGAGCAGGCUGCUAAGGCAAACACUUCUGUCGUCACAGGCCAUCAUUGUUUGGAGGAACGCCAGAAAGCGUACAGGGGCGCCAGAGCCUGCUCCAGGCUACGACGAGCCUCGGUGGGCGAAUCUGGUCUUCGGAGCCAAAAGGUGUCAAAACUGUGAUGCGCCCAACGUGAAUACUGUCGAUUACCAGCUUCUCAUGCGAGUCUGCACGGCCUGCAAGAAAUCGAAUCUAUUCACCCCUAGCAAGUUCAAGCGUCAAUACCCCGACUAUGAUACCUCUGUAUUGGACCUGAUGCGGUAUACGCAUGUCGGAGGUUGGGCUCACGGCCACGAGACCGCAACGAGGUUUUACUGGAGGGGUGACUUCGACGACGUUUUCAAGGUUGUCGCCAAAUACACCAAAGACAUUUCCUUGAAGAAGAAGGACGCGAAGAAGGCAUACGACGACUAUCGCAAGCGCAGGCUUGCCCACAUAUGUAGUAUUAUGAAGCACGCUGCCCAGUGCGCGAGUUGGGCACGUACGAGCAAAUGGGACAGCCAUAAGGAGGGAGAGAGACUCGCAGAUGCUCGCAGGGAAGCGAUCAAAGCACGACUUCUCCAGCUCGGCCACGACACGCGAGAUGUUGCCAAUGCGGUCAGAAACUGGCGGAUCACCGUCGAAAAGAAGGAGCUCACGGACGCCGGUUGGGCGAGAAUCCGGCGCAAAUGGGAAGACGAGGUAGCCACACAGCGCGCUGACAGGCUUGAUCGGGACCACAAGGUCGUCCUUGACCAACGGAGACAAACCAUCGCCAACUUGUACAACGAGGCGUACAGGAAGACCACCAAGCCCAGCGACUGGGCAAGCAUGGGCUGGCUUGCCCUCCCUUCGUCUGAUGCGAUCAUCAAGCUUGACCCAUUCCGCGAACUUAUUUACGCCGACGUGGACAAGACAUUAUCCAUAGCCGAAUUCGAGCAAGCUCUGCAGCAAAGUGCGCCUCUCAUCGCUGCCCUGAAGAUCGAAAACGAAGAGACUCUACGAUCAGAGCUUGAUCAGGUCGUCAGUGAUGUAGAAAAAGCUGCAGUCAUCCCAGCAGACCAGCUAUCUGCAGUCGAUUUCGUGCUAGAUCUGGCCUUGGCGACAUGUACCAGCUUCCGACCCAAUUACCUGACAUCGACCAUGUUCCCCGGUGACUACGAGCAAUGUCUCAGAGCCCAAGACAUGAUUUUUUGCCGCAAGUACCACAAAGGAGGAUAUAUCGCCUUCUAUCACCGUUCCAGAAAGGCGCUGUUUCCGCGGUACGACGAAGGCCUAUCGCGCUGCGUACUGGCGAUUCUGCAAGUACUGAAGCUACCGACAUCAGCGACCUUUGCGGAGUUGGACGCUCGGGACGCAUGGUUCUUCUGUGGGCACUGUCCCGCUGACAAGCAAUUCAAAGUCUGGGGCAGGAGGGCUUUCAAAUGGCGUGCGGCGGUUAUCCACCAUGCUCAGCGCCACCGGACAUCGCAAGAGCCUCAAUGGCAGCUGCCCUCAGAAAAUGAAGGCUUGCGUCUUCGGGGCGUUCGGUUUGCCCAACUCGACGAAGCGAAGACCUGGGCGUGCGCCCACUGUUGCGCGCACCUGGACGACUUCCGACCGCGCGACCAAAUCGAAGAGCAUGUUCAGACCGCACAUAACAUCGAGGCCCCGCAAAUUGGCAUAGAUGUCCUAUGCACUUCUACAUCGCCAGUCAAUACGGACUCCUUCCGCGUAACCGUCGAUCACCAGCCCAUCGGAAAGUCGCAGCCAGUCGCGAACCGGGAGGAUUGUGCGAAUAUGUGGCUUUGCUUGCUGUGCCCACCGUCGCGCCGAUUGUUCAAGCUCGAAGGGGUCGUAUCGCACCUGAAAUCACCAAAGCAUAAUGUCAAAGCAUGUACCGAAGGCAUGCACUACGAGAAGGCGGACCAGUCGAACCCGACACCUCUAUCUAGAGUCCUACCUCAGAAGCCAGCGACCGUCGCGUCCGAUAGGACGAUUCUUGACUAUGGCACCUUAUGA